GAGAGUUAUACACCAAAAUAAAUAUUGUAGUCUUGAGUGUCCUCUUUAGUAGUUGUUCCUCUUACAAGAGAGAAGUGUUAAUUGUUGUUAUCUCCUUGUAUUUGAGAGCAGUGUACUCUCAUAUUAUCAUAGUAAGAUCCUUCUAUCCCGUGGUUUUUCCCCUCUAUCUGUUUGAGGGGUUUACACGUAAAAUUCUCUUGUCCAAUUUAUUUUUAUUAUUUAUUAUCAUAUCAAACUCCCUCAACAGAUAUGGGAUUUUAAAUUGCACCAAGGGUAUGGAGAGCACACUAGCAGCAUGUAUUGCGCGAUUUUACUGUGUUUUUUGCACUUGACUGGGUGGACAGUUGCCGGAAGAUAACAUCGGUUCCCCCGGCCAGCAAGUGAUAAAUGAAGUUGGAGGAGAACCAUGACAUCUCGGGUUUAAAUCUCUAUAAAGGCAAAAACAUUAAUGGUCGUCUGAUUCAAAUACAAGUUAUGCUGGGCUGGUUAUGCGGGAAUCGUAAGACAAUGCUGAAUUUUAUAUGACUAAUUCCCUUUAUUAGCUAACCAAACAACGUAUAAAAUAGUGUUGGAUUUUAUACAAUGAGUAAUUCCUCCCACUGGCAAGUGAUACAUGUUAAAUAUUGAUGAAACAACGUAACAUUAACCAAACAGGCCCCAAAUAAUUUCUUUUCAUUUAUCUAAACCUUGGUAGGAUGGCCUCGACACCUAUAAACGAUCUUUUUCUAGCAGCUCUCACCCUUUCAAUUGUGUUCCUGACAUUUCAGUGGUACAAAUUAAACUCAACAUCACGCAACCCAUUUCUUCCCUAUAAAUAGGAAAGUUGGUCAUUAGUUGAAACACACCUUGGAGCAUAUAAAAACAUUUCAUUACUUUCUUUCCUUGUCUUUUCAUUAAGUGUUAUUUUGUAAGAGAGUUAGUAUUGGGAAAACACUUAUGUGAACCCUUUUAUUUGGAGUGAUCUUGUAAGGUUAUUCUAUUGGGUAUUUGGGAUUAAUUAGAAUAUUUACUCUAAUUUUUUGUACUCUUGUUAAUAUAGUAAAAUCCUCAUUUUUGCCUCUGGACUAGGUCACACCGACCGAACCACAUAAAAUUUGUGUCUUUUUUAUUUGCUUUACUUUCGUUAUUAUCAACUUAUUAUAGUCUUUGCUAUUAUCAUUAUAAUAUUAUUUGACUAAAUUUCACACUACCCGAGUUCUCGAUCGUAACAACUAUUAGGAAUGACAAAGACUGGAUAUAUAGAGUAUGUGCUGAGAGGAGGAUAUAUUGAGCUAAGAUUUCAUUGUGAGGUUAAAAAAUAUUAGGCUGAAACUGUCUUCACACAAAAUAUGGCUUCAGCACCUUUAAACGAUCUUUGGAUUGCAGUUCUCGCCCUUUCAAUUGUGUUCCUGACAAUUCUAUGGUACAAAUUGAACAAGGAAGAAUCCAGGUUGCCACCAGGGCCUCGUGGCUUUCCGAUUGUUGGAUUCUUACCAUUCCUCCGCCCCAAUUUGCAUCACCAGCUCACAGAAUUGUCUCAACAGUAUGGUCCAAUUUACAAGUUUUGGCUAGGAGGAAAGCUAUGUGUUGUUUUGAACUCACCAUCCUUAGCCAAAGAAGUGGUUCGUGAUCAAGACUCUGUUUUUGCCAACCGUGACCCUCCAAUUGCAGCAUUAAUAGGCACAUAUGGUGGACUAGAUAUUGGAUUUUCUCCCUAUGGCUCCUACUGGCGUGAUAUGCGCAAACUGUUAGUAAGGGAGAUGCUAAACAACAGGAACCUUGAGGCCUGUUAUAGCCUUCGGAGAAACGAGGUCAGAAAGACAAUCAAAAACGUGCAUACCAAGAUUGGUAACCCUGUCGAGAUUGGUGAAUUGGCCUUUGUAACUGAAAUGAAUGUAGUCAUUAGUAUGAUCUUUGGCAGCAAUUUUGUGGAGAAUAUGGAGAAGCAUAGAAAAGAUGGAACUGAAUUCAAGGAAUUGGUGGUGAAAUUUGCUCAAGUGAUGGGAAAGCCGAACAUAUCAGACUUCUUCCCUAUGCUUUCCAGGUUUGAUUUACAAGGAAUACAGAAAGAGAUGGAGGCUUUUUUGAAGUUGAUUGAUAGUGUAUUGGACCCUGCCAUAAAUGAAUGCAUGAAGAUGCUUUCGGACAAAAGAGAGGGUGAAAUCCAUACGAAUGAGAAGAAACAUCUUAUACAGAUCCUGUUAGAGCUAAUGGAGCAGAGAGACAUUGGUAUAUCACUGGACUUGGUGAAAAUAAAGGCCAUCUUGCUGGACAUUAUGAUUGGCGGGACUGACACUACAAUCACGACGGUCGAGUGGGUAAUGGCUGAGCUUCUGAAUAAUCCGGAGAUAAUGUCAAAGGUGCAGCAGGAAUUGAAACAUGUUGUAGGGAUGAAUAACAUUGUUGAAGAAUCCAAUUUACCAAAUCUGCACUAUCUUGAUGCAGUUUUAAAGGAGACGUUACGUUUACACCCUGCAUUACCACUGCUAAUCCCAAAGCGUCCGAGCCAAUCUGCAAUAGUAGGUGGAUACACCAUACCUGAGGGAACUAAAGUAUUCUUGAAUGUUUAUGCAAUUCAUAGGGAUCCUCAAGUGUGGGAAAGUCCACUAGAAUUCCAGCCUGAAAGGUUCUUGAGUCCCUCGACGAAUUUAGACUAUGCUGGAAAUAAUAUGAAGUACCUUCCAUUUGGAUCAGGGAGGAGAAUUUGUGCUGGCCUUCCCUUAGCAGAGAAAAUGGUCAUGUUUAUGAUGGCUUCAUUGUUGCAUUCCUUUGAUUGGAAACUCACUGAGGGCGAAAAGGUUGAUCUUUCAGAGGGACUUGGACUCGUCAUCAAGAAAAACGAGAGGCUAUUCGCCAUCCCUACUCCCAGGUUACCGAAUUUCGAGCUAUAUCAGUAAAACAAAGUAUUCUUGACAAUGAUUUUUUCCCACUGGUUGUAGUAUUUAUAAUAUCAGAUUACAUAUUAUUGUACAAUAAGUAAAGACAUUACUGCAUUAUUGCUGAGGUCUGAAGAGACGAGAUUGCAUUUCUAGUUUGGUUCAAUUGUAUUUCAAAUGUAAUCCUUUCAUAUUCAUCAAGCAAUAUGCUUUUUUC